AUCAAAAAUAUAUACCGUGUAGUAAUGUGAUUUAACAUAGACACAGGAAAUAAAGAGCGUGACCCCAGAGCCCGGUAAUAAUUUUCACGAAUUUUAUGUCAGUAUGCCGACGGAAAGCCACUCCCCUUUAAGACCUCAUCAUCAUCACCACCACAUCAGUUCGCCGCCGCCGCUGCUGCUGCUGCUCCUCUCCUCUAGGUCUAGGAGAAGAAAGCGAGCGAGGGAUUCACGGUUUAGCCGCUACAUUCUCCCUACCAACAUCCUAAAGCUUGAAGGCGGAAAUCCCGUUCGGCAGCCAAAAAAAAAAAAAAAAAAAAAGACAGAUUAAUCUGGUUGACAUACAGAUUCUUUUUUGUAAUUGUCCCGUGGGAGAAAAGAAACGCACGAAUUUAUCAUGAAGAGGUUAACGGGGAAGACGAAAGAAGCCACUUUGAUAGAAAUGUCCAACACGCUGGAUUCUCAGAUUGAAGAUGGCUGUGCCGUUCUGACAGGCUACCGGAGGACCUUUCAGGCAGGUAAUAAUGGCAGCAUUAACUCCAUCUCUGACCGAGGGACACAGCUGCCUGGUCACCGGGAGAUAGACAAGCUUGGACAGAACAGGGACUCCGUGUACUUCAGGGAUGGUGUACGGCGCAUCGAUUUUGUCCUGUCCUACGUUGACGACAAGGAUGGAGACAAGAAAGCGGAGAGAAGAAGAGAGUUUGAAGCUAACCUGGAGAAGGCUGGUCUUGAGCUGGAGACUGAAGAUAAAUCGGAGUCGGAUGACCGUAAGACGUAUUAUCUGAAGAUUCACGCUCCGUGGGAAGUGUUGGCCACCUAUGCUGAUGUGCUAAAGAUCAAAGUGCCCUUUAAAGCGAGUGAUAUUCCCAAAGCUCGAGAAGUUCCUCUGGAGUGGCUCACUCACCCUUUCCGGCUGCCAGACAACAUCAUGAGGCCAGAGCCGGACUACUUCACUGCACCUUUUGACAAGAGCAAGGUUGACUUCUUCCUCAUUGAUGAUAAGGACACAUUUUUUCCUCCCUCCACUCGCAACAGGAUCGUUUACUACAUCCUGACCCGCUGCCCUUACUACAAGGAAGACCGUAAAGAGAAAGAUAAGACGGGAAUUAACCGACUGCUGAACAAUGGCACCUACACCUCAGCAUAUCCCCUUCAUGAUUGCAAGUAUUGGAAGAAGGCACAAGACAUGCAGUGUGAGAGUGAGAGGUAUCAUCUGUACAAAUACUGGGCUCGAUUCCUCUGCUUCUACAAAGAGCAACCGCUCAAUCUGAUCAAGAAGUACUAUGGUGAGAAGAUUGGUAUCUACUUUGCCUGGCUGGGCUUUUACACAGAAAUGCUGUUUUUUGCUGCAGUCAUGGGAGUGAUCUGUUUUGUUUAUGGUGUGCUUAGUUACGAAGACAACAUCACAAGUAAGGAGAUCUGUGACCCAAAAAUCGGUGGGAUGAUUGUCAUGUGUCCACUCUGUGAUAAAAAGUGCAGCUACUGGAAACUCAACUCAACGUGUCUGUCCUCCUGGCAAUCCCAUCUAUUUGAUAACGAGGGGACUGUGUUCUUUGCCAUUUUCAUGGGUAUUUGGGUGACCCUGUUCCUGGAGUUCUGGAAGCGGCGGCAGGCCCGUCUGGAGUAUGAGUGGGACCUUGUGGACUUUGAGGAGGAACAGCAGCAACUACAGAUCCGGCCAGAAUAUGAGUUGAAAUGCACAGGCCGCAGACUCAACCGCAUCACGCAGGAAAUGGAGCCUUAUCUUCCUUUCCCCAGCAAGUGUGCCCGAUUCUGUCUGUCUGGAGCAACGGUUCUCUUUUGGACGUGUCUGAUAGUGGCCUGUAUAAUGGGAGUAAUCGCUUAUAGAUUGGCGGUUUAUGCAGCGUUCGCCAGCAUCAUGAAGGACAGUCCCACCAGUAAGAUCCAGCUGGUGGGAUCUCUCAUCACCCCUCAACUUGCCACCUCUGUCACAGCUUCCUGCAUCAACUUUGUCAUUAUCCUCAUUCUCAACUUCCUCUAUGAGCAUGUGGCCAUUUGGAUCACUGAUAUGGAGAUCCCCAAGACCCAUCUGGAGUAUGAGAACAAGCUGACCAUGAAGAUGUUUAUGUUCCAGUUUGUGAACUACUACUCUUCCUGUUUCUAUGUGGCCUUCUUUAAAGGGAAGUUUGUGGGUUAUCCGGGAAACUACACUUAUAUGUUUGGAAAGUGGAGCAAGCUGAGAAAUGAAGAGUGUGCCCCUGGGGGCUGUCUGAUUGAGCUAACCACACAGCUGCUUAUCGUCAUGGCUGGAAAACAAAUGGUUGGGAACGUCCAAGAGGCUCUGCUGCCACUUCUCAGAAACUGGUGGGGCAGCAGGAAAGGGCGAAGUCAUCCAGAAAGUACAUACAGUAGAUGGGAGCAGGACCACGAUCUACAGAACUUCAGCCAGUUUGGACUCUUCUAUGAGUAUCUGGAGAUGGUGAUCCAGUUUGGCUUCAUAACACUAUUCGUAGCCUCUUUUCCACUGGCCCCUCUACUCGCCCUCUUCAACAACAUCCUGGAGGUGCGAGUCGAUGCUUGGAAGUUUACUACACAGUUCAGAAGGCCAGUGGCAGCGAAGUCUCGCAACAUUGGAGCGUGGGAAGAGAUCCUUAAUGUGGUGGCCAUCUUGUCUGUGGUCACAAAUGCUUUCAUCAUGGCAUUCACCUCAGAUAUGAUUCCUCGCCUGGUCUAUCUGUACGCCUACCACCCAGGCGACGAGGCCACUAUGAGAGGUUACAUCACCAACAGCCUCUCCUUGUACAACAUCUCUCAGAUCCCUGAAUCUAACCUACCUGAAGCUGGAGAAAACCCCUCAUGGUUUAACAGCUCUACCAUCACAACAUGCAGUUAUCGGGACUACAGAUACCCACCUGGGCAUGAGAAGCAGUACACGCACAACAUGCAGUUCUGGCACAUCUUGGCUGCUAAACUAGCCUUCAUCAUCAUCAUGGAACACGUUGUGUUUGUGGUGAAAUUCUUCGUGGCGUGGCUGAUUCCAGAUGUGCCAACAGAAGUAAAGGCCCGUAUAAAGCGUGAACGCUUUCUGGUUCAGGAAUACCUGCACAAUUACGAAGUGGAGAAACUCAAGAUGCAGCUGAGCCAGAGUUUCUGCCUGUCCACAGAAACAGCCUCACUGCUGCCCUCUAGUCCAAGUAAACACCAGGUGCUUUCUGAAUGUAUUUGAAUAUCCCUGAACCCUCAGGACUACUCACAUGUACUAUACACCACAAAGCAUGGAGAAAUCGAAUCUUCGGGAAACCUUCAUACAUUUAUUGCAAAGAACUGCCUGCCCACAUCCAAGCAACUGCCAGAACUUUUAUAAAGGCCUACACGCCUAACAGUCUCUCUUCUGCUUGAGGUUUGUGGGAAAACAUUACCGCUUUCCUCUGUGUUUCUCUCUAAUGUCUGGAGUGCACUUACAUAACUGCACUUUUACAAAGGAGAAAGGCUUGGAGACAGAUCACAGAGAUUUCAGCGGCAAACCCUCUGGAAUGCGGCCUGCUGUUCCUCGGGUUGCCUUCGAAGCAAGCUGUUGUGAAUUCAACUUAUGGAUAAUCAUUUAUGACCAUUAAAAGACUGAACAUGUUUAGAAGGCAAUAAGCAUUUAUGUCUGUCCAGCUUGUUGCUGUAUUUUUUUUUUUAAGUAAUCUGCAUGUUUUACCCUGUAUGUCUGACUGAAAGAAGUACAUGUAGACAGUGUGUUGUCUUUUUUUUUUCUUUCCCCCAGACAUUUUUUGUGGCCAUGUGCGGUUUAACAGUUAACAGUUUUAACAGUUAAUAUGUUGUUGUCCAGUGGGUAUUUUCUCUUAUGAAACACACUGAUAGCUGAAUAACUAUCAAACAAUAUCAUCAUUUCUGUAGUGCUUACAUUAUCUUGUUUCACAUAAUAUUUAUAUUUUAUUGUUAUUUUUAAAUAAUGCUGUACCAUGUCACCCACACAUUUUGUUCUGUCAUAUUAAAAUAUAAGGAUUUUUUUUUUGUUACCAUUGUUGGUUUUCUUCAAAGAUGUAUUUAUUGCUUUAGAGUUAUUAUAUAACUGAUUUAUUAUCUGGUUGGAAGCAUUGAUCUUACCCGAUUAAGCUCUAGAAUGACGUGCUGUAUGUUUUCUGAUACUUAAAAAAUCAGAAACUCAAGCCUUUAUUCAUCACCUUGCUCUGCAAGAGUCGGUCAAGGUUUAUACGGACCACAUAUCUGAGGCUAAAUGAACAGUAGCACUCAUCUGUAAUCGUGACUAGGAGAACACUAGUUUUUUUCAUUAUGCUGUUUCUCUGUGACUUAAUUUCUGCACAAAUGCACUUGUGUAAACAGGAUUAGUUUGGAUCUUUGUGAUCAGUUCCCCAUGAAUCGGGGACUUCGAUAUUCACCCUGAUAACUUCAUUUGAUAUUACAGUACUGCUGGGACAAAUUAAUUCAGUGAAACACACUUUCAGAGAUUCCCAUACAUGUCAAGACCAAGAAAUUGCCUCUAAUGGUGUAUACAUGCAAAAGGACAAAUAAUAACAUCACGUGAAUAGAAGGAAUCAAGUGUCCUCUGCUGUAUUACUAACCUGGUGCAAGGAGAUUUGGUUCAAACCUUUUGAGCUGCCCCAUCAACAUUUCACAUGUUUGGUUAAUACUUUCUGUAUCACUGUUGACGAACACUAUGAACUCGGCGCCAAUCAUCUUCUAUAGGGACUCCUCCUGUUUGAAAUCAAGCAAAAGUGUUGAUAUUAUGUCCCAAGAGUCUGUCGGUUUUUAAAGUGUCUUAUCAAUUUAACUACACAUUUUGUGAACCAUACCUGUUCAUUUCAUUUCACAAAUGUUAUAAAUUCUCUACAUAUGUAUUUUUAGCCUGUCAAGGGAUUUUUACUGUGAUUCAUCAAUAUUUUAUGGAGAAUACAAAUACAGUUUACAGAAAUGUUCUGAAUAUUGUGUUGCUAUACUUGUAUACAAAGUUUAAUCCAAAACAAUGCUUACUAUAUGUAUCCUAAGUAUGUAUGUAUGUUACAGUCUAUUCAUGAUAAAAUAUUUUUAAAAGUUUUUCCACUUAGUUUAGGAUAUCUUUGUGUUCGGAUGAGAACAUGUCACACCUGCAUUUGCCUUAAUUGCUGUCAUGAUGUAUGUGUAUACUUUUUUUUUUGGUCGUCUUUAGUCUACAGAUGUUUGUAAAAGUUGCAUGAAACCGUGUGAAAAAAGUAAGUUUGUGAAUAGUCAUGAAUCAAUCUUAUAAAAGCGAGAAC